AGUUGAUUUCUAAUUUUAUGCCAUUGUGAACUGAGAAGAUGCUUGAUAUGAUUUCUGUCUUCUUUAAUUUGAAGAGACUUUGCCUGUGUCCUAAUAUGUGGUCUAUCUUUGAAAAUGUCCCAUGUGCACUUGAAAAGAGAGCAAAAAUAUUAGCAAGAAAAGUAAAAAAGGUAAGCGAGAACAGAAAAAGAAGAAAAAGUAAGUAAAAAUGUAUAGGGAGAAAACAUCAAAGGACAAACAGAUAAACCAAAAAAUGCAAACCACAAAUACCCAGAAAAAAGGCGGGGGGAGGGUGGAGCGGAAUCUGUAGAGGCACAGCUUAUAUAUAGAAAGUAAGGUUAAGAAAUUGAAUGAAUAGGGGGAGGACCUCGGUUCAGUAUAGAGGUGGUAGAAAGAGAAUGAGUGGAUAAGAAGAAAAUAAAGAAAAAAAAAUAAAAAUAAGUAAAAUGAAAAAUAAGAUAAAAUGACAAUAAAUAAAUAAAAAUAGAAUGAAGAAAAAAUAAUGUGGAAAAAAAGAAAACAAAAAAACACACAAAGAAAAUAAAGAAAAAAAUUUCUUUAAUAAAAAAGUAAAGCAAAAUAAAAACGUGAAUUGUCAUACGAUUCAGCCAAGUUUUAAUGCCCCAUAGGGGCUAGUUUAAUAUCCCACUCUUCUGUUUUGUCUGCCACUUCUCAGUGUCCUGUUAGGUAGUCAGCACUGUGUUGAAGUCCAAGCGAUCCACCGCUCCUCUGUGUCUAUCUCCACAGCCUUGACUGCAGGCUGGUCGGACCAAUCUGCCCACUUAGACUGUCUGUCUGCUGUCAAUCUUAAUCUCUCAAGCAGCUGUUUCUGACAAGGCUAUAGGUAGAGAGGGUGCUGUAUCUCAUUCUGGGACUGAAAGUCCUCUCUUCAACCCAGUCCCUGAGGGCUCUUUGGGGUUAUUCAGAUUUUUUGUGUCCUUUGUACCACUCAGGGUGUAGUCUGGGUGUGCCUAUAUUAGCUGCCUUGAGAUUGCUGGGAGGGGCUGGCUCUUCAGGAGAAAAAUGGCUGCUUAGGUCCAUGGGUCAGGAAUGUCCCAGUGCCUGUCUCCUGGUCAUCUUUCCCUGAUCCACUCUCCUCCACAGCCUCUCCCCAGACUCCACAAGUCCACACCUCCACCUGCACCUCAGCCACAGAUUUUUCUCCUGGCCUGUCCUCCAUGUCCGGGAGCUACCGUGGUCUUCAAGCUACAGAUGCACAUGUUGAAUGGAGCUCUUCUGGCCUUGCUGUUUCCUGUGGUAAAUACCCGGCUGCUCCCCUUUGAAUUGGAGGUAUAUUACAUUCAGCAUGUUAUGCUCUACGUGGUGCCCAUCUACCUGCUUUGGAAAGGAGGUGCUUACACCCCAGAGCCCCUCAGCAGUUUCCGGUGGGCCCUUCUCUCAACUGGCCUCAUGUUCUUUUAUCACUUCAGCAUCUUACAGAUCUUGGGCCUGGUCACCGAAGUGAAUUUGAACAACAUGCUGUGUCCGGCCAUCUCAGACCCAUUCUACGGCCCCUGGUAUCGCAUCUGGGCCUCGGGACACCAGACUCUCAUGACCAUGACCCACGGGAAGCUGGUCAUCCUGUUCUCAUACAUGGUUGGGCCCUUGUGUAAAUAUCUGCUGGAUUUGCUCCGGCUUCCAGCCAAAAAAAUAGACUGAAGGUGCUUUUUUUUUCUCCCUGAGGAAACAAGUCCUGACUUGACUUGGAGAACACCCAGUUCUUAAUGAAAUCAUGGGAGAGGGCAGUAGGAUAUUUGGUGUAUUUCCUUUUUCCUCCUCUCUGUCCCUUUCUUCCACCACUCUUCCUUCCCCAGCUCUUCCUCCCAGGAUGUCACCUGGAACCUGAGGUAUAGUGCUGACAGCUGGAUUUGUCCUCCUCCCCUUUGCUCUUUCUCCCUGCUCCUAGUGGCCUUAUAUGGAGAGACGGUAGUCAGUAGCUUUCACUGCUUGUUGGUGCUUUAACAACAGCUGGUUGAGGAUAAAGGGAACAACAAGCAGUAGCACUUUUGGCAUCGCAGUGAUGAGAUUGGUUGCAAUUCAUUUCUCCACUGCCAGGGACCUACAGAUUUAUGCUGGGGUCCCCUUUUGUCUCCAGCAUAGCCCCCACCAUAAGGGGAUUGAGGCCUUGUUUCUAUACCAGCGGCAAGCCAAGAGCCAAGGGACUUCCCAGCUCAUGGCCAAAAUAGAACUGGCCAGAUUCUUCCCAUUGGUGUCCCAUGACUCAAAGCAAGCAGCCAACCAGCCACAUUCUCCAGGAGGCUGCCUGCAAUGGGAGGUGGGGCACUACCCAGCCCAAAGGUUUGAUUCCAUUGAGGAGGAUAGAGAGCUGUUGCAGUGGCAAAUCCAAAGUGAACAAGGUUAAAAUGUCCACAACUAAUACUAAUCAGGACCCUGGGUACAUUCUGCCAGUGGAGCUGAGAACUGACCCAUAUUCCAAUCAGAAGUGAGCAUAGAAAUUAAUCAGCAGAAGUGGUAACUUGAGAAAAUAGUGAUUUGAAUCAUAUGCUCCAGUUUAGUUUAGUAUUGAUAAUAGAUUCCUCUUUAAUAUUGAGUGCCCCUUAAUUUUUUUUUCUCUCUCUCUUUUCAAAGGCAGCUUCAGGGAAGGAUGAGCUAGAGUUGUUGUUGUUUUUUGUAGGGUUUUUUUGGUGUGUGUUUUGUUUUUGUUUGUUUGUUUUUUGCCUUUUGCCUUUUGUUUAUUUGCUUGCUCAUUUGUUUUAGGGUGUUUGAGUUUGGAGAAUCCUUGCAUCAGGGCUUAUCUCUAGAGGGGCUCUUGUCAAUAUAUUUUGUGGUCUUACAGGAUAUGUCAGCAUCCAGGUUUGGGGAAGAUACAGAUCCUGCUGGUAUUGUUUCCCUAGGUCCAGAUGUUGUCACUGUAGCCAGACUCAGUGCUGAAUUGUUUAGCUUGGGAGUCAUCACACGCUCCCCACCCUAAAGCCCAUGUCUAGUUUGAAAGGGAGGUAUCAAGGAAUCAAGUCCCCAGGGGUGGAGAUUCACGUGCUCCAAAUGAAGACCUUUCGUUGAAAGACUUGAGCUCAGUCAUGCAUGGAUCUCAAAAAGGGAGGCAGUAGCUUGGCUUUUGCUGAUUGCUUGUUAGCUCAUACUAAGAACAGAUUUGCUUAAGAACAGAAAAGAACCCUGGCUGGUGUGGCUCCGUUGGUUGAGCUUUGUCCCAUGCACCAAGAGGUUUGAUUCCCAUUCAGGGCAUAUGCCCAGUUUGCAGGCUUGAUCCCCAGUAGGGGGCGUGCAGGAGGCAGCUGAUCCAUGUUUCUCUCUUUCCCACCCUUCCUCUCUCUCUCAAAAAAUAAAUUUUAAAAACAUUAAAAAAAAAAAAAAACCACACAGAAAAGAUGGUUUAAUGACUUCCUCUGGUGAGCCUCCCCUCCCAUCUCCCCCUCUAGGCAACCCAUUUGCUCUGGGCCUGUUCCAAAAAUUUAGGUGUUCCUGUAUUAGAUGUAGAUUGAGCUUCAGUGACUCAGUGAUCAUGAUUUUCGCAAAUGGACCUACAGGAGGCAGUAGAAUGUAGGAGAGUCUCUGAGUAAGGUAAGGCCCAGGGAAGCAAUCAUGGACCACCCUUUCACAGAGGCCUGCUGGCACUGAGGUGAUCAGUCUCCAGGGGUUGGGGGAACAGGAGGCAGAAAACUGGGUACUCUCAGUUCCCACGAGCUCCUCAUGACAUGUAAUCUUCAUUUUCUGCUGUCUUUGCGGGCUUGGCCAAGUUUUUCUUAGUGUCUCUCACCCUAGGGUUGCCUUCCAGAAGAGGCACCUUUUGAUUGGCUUGAUUUUCCUUGCCCACCAUCAAGCUGCUGUGUGUAGACUGGGCUGAUGAGGAAAUGUGCAAGGCCCCAGUGCCCCUCGGCCUCUUCACAAAAGAAAAAGUUGGAAGGAGGUCAUGGGUGGAGCCCUUGAGGGCCUGUCCUGUCCCCUACCAGUACAUGGAAUCUUUGUAGGCAGGUGAUGUACCUCAGCUGACCACAGUGGCAUAAGUGACUCUGAAUGAGCUCUCUUUCUCUCUGUCUGUGUGGCAUGGCACAGGUUGCCAGUCAGCCUGAGCUUUCCUUGCAUUGGCAUGCUUCUAAAAGCUGGCCUUUGCCCUGGCUACAACUCACUGUCCCGAUCUAGCUGGCAUUUUCUGCUGCUUGGAAGAAGAGAGUGAAAGUCAUGUGCCUGCUCCGGCCAGGCCAGAGACAGAUACACCUUGUCAGGGGAAGGAGGAAGUGAAGGGGAGAUGCAGGGUUUCUGGGGGCCAGGUUGGCUCAAAAACAUGUAGGUAGAAGGAAGAGAGUGAGCCUAGUCCAGAGGUUCCCCAGGGAGCCUGGGAUUGUGUUUGAGGUGUUAGGGGGCAGCAUGCACCUGAAUUGGUCUGUACCUCACUCUUAAAGGUAACCUGACCAGAACCACAGCAGCCUGCCUAGAGGGUGGCGCCCUUCCCAGUGGGACCAGGCUGCCUAGCUCCUCCCCAGAGCUUUCCUUUCAGUGCCAAGGAGGUUUCCCAACCACCCUAGCCAAGUUUCCAUAUGUCAUUAGCCAGUGUGUGAGAGCUUGGUGUGUGUCUGAGAGAGUGUCUGUAGAAGUGGACAGUUUCUUUUAAAACAGCCCUAAGAAGAGAAGUGAGUGUUCCCUCAAGCCCCUGGGUAGCCUUGGCCAAGAAUCUGGGCCAGUGAAAACAGUCUGGUCAGCUGCUCAACUUGUGGCAUCAGCUCGUAAUAGCAGAAAUAUGGACCGUCUGCUUGUGGUCUCAGAAUUUGGUUUUGUACACCAAAGAUGAUCUGGCCCAUCUUCUUCCCAGUGAUGCAUACCUCUGUGCGCUGUGAGAAAAGUACAGACUCAGUUUCCCCAAGUCAAUAUUCUCUCUUUAUCCUUGAACUUUCCAGAAUUCACAGAAGCUGCUUGCAGGGUGGUUGGGAUACAUGGGGUGGUCGGCACACUUUACCAUCUAGUACAGGGGUGGGCAAACUUUUUGACUCGAGGGCCACAAUGGAUUCUUAAACUGGACCGGAGGGCCGGAACAAAAGCAUGGAUGGAGUGUUUGUGUGAACUAAUAUAAAUUCAAAGUAAACAUCAUUACAUAAAAGGGUACGGUCUUUUUUUUCAAUAGUUUUAUUCAUUUCAAACGGGGCGGAUCCGGCCCGCGGGCCGUAGUUUGCCCACGGCUGAUCUAGUACCACAAGUCUAGGUAUCAGAUCAUCUCUCUUGCCACAGCCUCAGCCAGAGCUUUGCUAUUUGUGCUCAUUGAUAAUUCAAUGUUUUGGGGAGUGGGCACAGCUCCCCACAAAUGACAAUUUGUCAGCAGGUCUCCUGGCACUGUUGGGACUGGGUGGUGCCCUGGAAGUAAUCUGGAUGGCUCAGUGGGUGAAAGAAGGCCCUUCCUCCUGCUCCCUUGGCCAAAAAGACUUCCCUGGAUUUGUAGAUGUUGAUCCAGAUUCAUCUGUUCUCUUUGGAAGACUGAAGAGGCGGUAUUGGAGGAGAAAAGAAGAGUAGAUGCAGGGUAAGAUGCAGAUGCAGUGCUGGUUUUGGUAAAUCUGGAGCAGGCAUAAGAGAGGGGGUCCCACAGGCCCUCUCGUGCUUCUUGUCAAGGCCCCGGACUGAGAAGGGGCCUUCCUGCUGCAUGCCCUGCCUGCCCUCUGGAUGAUGGGUAGAGUCCUGACAGGGAGUGAGCCUUCCUCUUCUGUAUAUAGACUGAGCCACUUCGUGCUCAGGAAAACCUAGUCAUUUGUUGUUGAUCUUGUCUGUGACAUUUUUGUACAGUGGAUUGCUACUGAGUGGCACGAAACAAAACAAAAGUCAUUUUAAGCAAAGCUCUUGUUUUGGAAACUUGCUUUCUUUUGGUGUCAGUUUUGUAUUAUAUUUUAAAGAAUUCUUCAUUUAUAUUGGUGUUAUUGUGGUACAGAGAAUAAGAUAGUCUGAUCUGUAAUUAUUUCUGCCAGAAAAUUGGCAAAUGACUCUUUCCCUCUUACUGCCCCCCUUCCCCCAUCCUUCCUCAUUCCCAAGACAGAUUGCUAUGCACUGGGCAGACCAUCCCUGUCGUCACUCCUUCUCCUCUGUGACUCCCUUUAGGACCAGUCUUUCUGAUCCCUUUAAACAGCAGCAGGGUGAGUAUUUUUUCUAAGCUGGUUCUUGGGUGCUCUGUGCCCCCACCAGUUUGCUCACCUCUUGGGGCAUUUUGUAACAUGUUUUCCCAGUUUUCUAUAACCUUUUGAUUGUACUGAAAUGGUUUCUGCAAUCACCUUUGGAAAUAAAUAGUCAUUAAUUUGUGUACUUGGCA